AUGUUGUUGGGCAACGUUCGAGAAGAUCUUCAUCCGAACUGUCGAACAAGUCGUAGUGCACCCCAUGUAACACCAUCAUUUUCAAUAAACGAUACAAUAAAAAUUCCUCUAACUUCAAUGUCAACGAGUAAUCAAACGUCAAUAGGAUCACAAGAAGCAAUAAUGAAUUAUGCUCGCAUGUCAUAUCGUUAUACAACUGUUACAUUACUUUCUAUGCGCCCACAAGCCGAAGUAACUAUUUUUCCUGAUCAUCUUGUUGAACGACGUUUUCUCGAUGACGAAAAUUAUAUCAAUCUCGAUAGAAUGUUAGCUGAAAAGGGUGGUAAAUUUCGUCAAGAUUCAUAUGGUAUACAUGAUGGUGCAGGUGAUGGUCCUAUCACAUCAACCAGAAUACAUAAAUAUGAUUUUUCAGAUCCUUGCGUUAUCGAAAAAGUAAAAAGUCGUCGUUCAAAAGAUUCAUUAACACCUCAUCAAGUAGCUGCAUUAACAUCUGUUGCAACACGACACCAAUCAUCAACAUACCCAACACCAUUAUUGUCUCCUCGACAAAUUCAACAGCCAUCACAAGUUUGGAUUGAUGAUUAUAGUCAUCGAAAAGCAAAAUUUGAUGGAAAUAAAUAUCAACAUCAUUUGCCAACACCUAAUCAAAGAUCAAAUCUGAAUUCAUCUGGUAUAGUUACGAAUGAAAUACAUUCUCCUUUGCCACCUAAUUAUCGAUCAAAUAAUAUUCAACGAAAUACAAGUACAGUUCCGAUUUUACAACGAUUAUUUCAAGCUCAACAGCGUCAACAAAAUGAACAUCUUAAAAUGGAUGCUCGAAAUAAACAAACCUCAUCUUAUGUUAAUAGUCCAAUAUCAAUUUCAGAACAUUAUCAAAAAGAUGUAUCUGUAUUUUGUACACCUAGAUCACCAGAACAAUCGACUUCAUGUAAUACAUUAGCAUGGCCAUUUUCGAUGGAUCAAAAUCAAAAACCUGUAACACAUCCAUUACAUAUACCUAUGUCAACUCAGAAUACUGUUAAAAAGAAUCAGGAUCUGCUAACUCAAUUAAUCAAUGAGCAACUUCGAUGUUCAACAACUAUGCAAACACCAAUAUCGUCAAAUAUGGAUACUAAUGACUUAAAUAAUAUCAAUCAAAAUGAUAACAUUGAUGGUGAUGAUGAUGACGAACAAAAUUAUUAUUCAGCACCACCUUCACCAAUGAAACAACAAGAUUCUUCACAGUCUUUAUUUAAUAAUUCAGAUACUCCUGAACAUAAUCGUAUUUAUAAUCAAGCAGUAUUAUUGAAUUCACUUGUACGUAAUAUGGUCAAUGAAAGUAAUAUUAAAAAUUCAUCAUCUAAUGAAUCUUGUUUUUCAAAUGAUACUCAAUCAACAAAUUUGAAUGUGGAAGAAAAUGAAAGUUAUACAGAAAUGUAUAAUCUUAUUCGUCUUUUGUCUCCAGGCAUUAAAAAUGUUGCUCAACAAGAAUUACUUCAAUAUCUUGAACAGGGCUGUUUGAAUGAACGAAAUGAAAUGCUUCGUUUAGUUGGAUCACUAAAUCCUAAUGAACAAAAUUCAUUGAAACCAAUACUACUUCGAUUAAUUAAUGAACAAUUAGAUAUCAUGAAAAAACAACAACAAAUUCAACAAGGUAGUUCAACAUCGAUACCUCAUGAAUAUUCUCAAGAAACACGUUCCACACUAGAAAGUUGGUUUGGUUCUGAUAUCUAUGCAAAUGCAUAUCCACGUAUGCCAUCAGAUCGUGUUAUAUCAGCAUGCGAUCUUGAACAAUCACGUAUUUCAAGAUAG